UGCGAUCUCCGCGGGCUAUUCUUUUCCCCCCUCUCGAUCUCUCUCUCACACAUCGCAUUUUCAAUGUUUCAUUCCUACACCUCCACUUCGCUAGAUCAGCGCAGGUUUUUGCGGGGGCCCAACGCCCUCCGUGCAAACCACAAACCUAGCCUCGCCGGCGUUGCGUUGCGUUGCGCCCCUACCUUACCUCCUCGCACGUUCCCAGCUUCUGCCGGCCGACUUUAUAUGCCAAGUGCCCUAUUUGAUUGAGCAUUGACUGCCUCAAUGCCGACGCUGGCGCCGGCCACUUCCCGCAUCUGUCCUUCCAUUCAGGAAACCAAAGGUUUGCAGAAGGAUUUGGUGGAUGAUUUGCUUCUUGCGAGGUUACUCAAGAAUAAAAUCUUGAGCUUUCGGGACAUUCUUGAUCUGCCUCCUUGGCAUGGAUCAUCUGCAUUUCAUGAGUUAAUCAAAGAUACAUUAGAAGGCAUGCAGAAGUUGUACCCGAAGUGCUCAUCGUGUGUGGAUACCUCACGAGUGGAUCAUAAUUCUAUAUAUCAGUUAUUGGCCCAGUUUUACCAAGCUCUGAAGCACGUUGGUGAAUUGUGGGCUAAAGAUAGCAGCAAAUCUGAGAAGCUAAAAUUCGAGGAUAUUGACCUUGGAACUCUUAGUUUAGAACAGAUUGGUAAAAAGGUUCUUGAGAGGCUGGAUUGUGCCAGUUCUCUAGCUAGAGAACUGUUUGAUCUCAUGGAGAAGGAUGACUUUGCAAAUGGCUCAGUUUCACAAAGUAAACCAUCCGCUUAUUUUGGUCCUCCACAAACAUCAAACCUUACAGAAGUUACAGAUGUUCCUUAUAUACGGCCUCUUCUUCAGCCGUUGAGACUCCGAGCCUUGGGAAAAUUGAAGCCCAUGGAUAUCAAGCGCCUGUCUUUCCACAUGAGUCCAACUUUCUCAGAUCAAAACUCUCAACUGGCAAAAGGAGCAAACAGAAGAGAUGAGCCAAAGCUAGAUCAUUCACAAUCUAACCUGAAAAGUUGUAAUGAUGGUGAUAAAGGAAGCACCUGUUCUGAAGGCAAUGCAUCUGGCUUUCCUAGUGUAUUUUCGACAAAUUCAUCAUCAAGCUCACCUCUGUCACCACCAUCUAUGCAACUAAGUGCUCCACCAUUACUUCAAGCUCCUCCAACACCACCAUCCUCACCUAUGACCCCAUCAUGUAUGCUGCUCAAAGAAAGAUCCAUGUCCAUGAAGCUAUCAUUUGAUUUACCGAUAAUUGUGGAGCCGGCUCUGGAUUCUGUGACCAAACAUGCUGGCAAUGUUAAUGGUGGCAGUGAACCCUCUGAGGCUUCAAUGCUCAGCUCACCCUCAAUGUAUUUCACUAUGACACAGUCAGAGACUCCAAAGCUUGACACCUCCACCACUCUACUACCUCCACCAUCCAAACCUCAAUUGGCACCACCCGCUCCUCCACCCCCUCCAAUAAAGGGUGAUGUGCCUUCGCCCCCACCAACACCGACAACACCAUUGCCAUCAUCGGUGCCACCACCUCCAAUGGCAUCUCCAAAAGGAUUUGCACCACCACCUCCUCCUCCUAUUGGUGUAGCAAAAGCACUGCGUGCAAAGAAGGCCAAUACCAAAUUGAAAAGGUCAACUACAAUGGGAACUUUGUAUAGACUUCUCAAGGGAAAGGUGGAAGGGUCUAGCCUGGAUGGUAAAACAUCUAAUGCCAAAAAAAGCCAGGUUGGAGCUAGCUCUGGUGCCAACAAGGGACAAGGAAUGGCUGAUGCAUUGGCAGAGAUGACCAAAAGAUCAGCUUACUUCCGGCAAAUUGAAGAAGAUGUUGAAAAGCAUUCAAUGUCUAUCAUGGAGAUGAAAUCAGCUAUCGAAUCAUUUAAAACAAAGGACAUGCUUGAGCUUGUAAACUUUCGCCAAGAUAUAGAAAAGCGUCUUGAAUGUCUGGCAGAUGAAACACAGGUCUUGGCUAGGUUUGAUAGCUUCCCUUAUAAGAAAUUAGAGACUGUUAGAAUGGCAAGUGCCUUGUUUCUGAAAUUGGAGGCGAUAGUCACGAAUCUAAAGAACUGGAAGAUGGUGGGUCCUAUUUCUCAGCAGCUUGACAAAGUUGAGAGCUACUUUAAUAAGAUGAAGGAAGAAGUGGAUGCCAUUGAGCGUGGUAGAGAAGAAGAAUCAAAAGUAUUCCUAGCUAACAACAUUGAGUUUGACUUUGGUGUUCUCAUAAGAAUCAAAGAACUAAUGGUUGAUUUAUCUUCAAGUUGUGUCGAAAUGGUGCUCAAGGAGAACAAGGAAGCAAAAGACAUGAUUGUUACCAGGUCCAAGUCUAAUGGCCUGUCAAAGGUCUUAUGGAGGGCAUUUCAACUAGCAUUUCGGGUCUACAAUUUUGCCGGCGGGCAAGAUGAUCGAGCAGACAGACUGACAACUGAAUUAGCUCAUGAAAUUGAGACUUGUCCUCUUUUCUGAUCUCUGCAGUUGGAACAAAUUCUCUGUGAUUGAUUACCUUAGUCCACAAUAAUCAUAUCACCAUUGUGGUUAUGAUGAGUAAUAUUUUUUAUCUGACUUGAUCUGUGGUAAACAAAGAUUCAUAUUGCCUGCUCCAAGGACAAUAAUUUAUAGUUCUACGUGCUUUUAGUUUAACAUCAUGCAGCAGUUUUGAUAUAAAUAAUUUUGUGUUUUUUUUUUCCAAACCUUUG